AUGGCCAGUGACAAUAUACUUAAUAAUAGCUAUCCGCGGUGCCUGGGCCACACGUGCCUGGAGAGUGGGUCCUACCUGAUGAACUUUGCGUCCUGUGCACAUUGUAACAAAAAAGAGUUGAUCAAAAUCCACAACAAAGAAGAGAGGGAGGAGGAGCAAGAACAAGUCAUCACAUACCAACAUUUGUGCCAGAACUGUGACCAUGUGAUAGCAGAACACGAGUACAGAUUCUGUGUGGAGGAAGGCUAUCAGGAGUAUCAGAUGACAUGUCUGCUGUGUGGCUCAGGAGAGGAUUCCAUCAGUGUUCUGCCAGAUGAUCCCAGGAAGGAGAUGGACUUGUUUUGAUCACAAAAAGGAACACAUUUAGUUUAGUCUAGAGGACUGAAUUGUUGUAUGGCGGGAAUGCUGAAAGCAUGUCAUAUUUUUCUCAAAGUUUAAUGUGCAUAUCGGCAGUAGACAUAAGUGUUGUUCUGUAACAUCAGGGACAUUCAAACUUAUGAAAUGUAUCAGCGUACUACAAAAAAAUAGUCGAGAGAAAGUGACUGUUACAGUAUCCUUCUCUUCUACUAUAGCUACUCGUAUCGUUGAUACAUGAGAAACUAUCCUUGACAAGACUGUCCUUAUGUCCAACUUUAACUGCAAUGUAAUGUUACAUUUCCAUGUGAGAAAAAUAACCAAGCGUUGCAGUCUGUAAACA